AAUGACUGAUUUGGAGUUUUAUUAACUAGGUCAACAAUAACAUAUGGAAUCAGUAGGAGCAUGAAGAUUGAUGCAUACCUUUCAUUGUUGUUGUGAGAUGAUGAAACUAUUGAUGUAAACAUUUUACAUUCAAGUAGAGGCAUUCAAUUGCAUUGCAUUUCAAGAGAUUCAUUUCAUUGAAAGGGAGAGAGAAAGCAAAAGAAAAAUAGACUGCUCAGAUCAAAUAUUAUUUCCAUAUCAUAUUCUUCCCAUGUCCAGUCUUAAAAAUAAAAAUAAAAAUUCAAACCCAUAUCCUCUCUGUUGCGUCUUGCCAACUUCUGCAUGUCACAUACAAGAGGAACUGUUUAUAUCUACUGUUCUUCUCUUUUCUAUAUAUUUUCUUAUUGGUUGUCUGUACAUACAUCCUCAAUUCCUGCUUCUCUCAUUACUCCAGUUGGUAGCAGAAUCUAAGAUCAAGAAAAAAAAUAGAAAGAAAGAAAGAAAUGGAGGGUGAAAUAUAUAACUUAAUUUGUGUAUGGAUUACAGUCUUGGUUACUUUAUGUUAUUGUUAUGCAAUUGGAAAACUUGUCUCUCAAGGCACCAAAAGACUGCUUUUCAUCCUUCCAGUUGUUUGCCUAUUUCUGUUUCUUCCUCUCAAUCUUUUUUCUCCUCAACUUUGUGGACUAACUGCAUUUUUCAUUGCCUGGCUUGCUAAUUUCAAGCUCCUUCUCUUUGCUUUUGGUAAAGGCCCUUUAUCUUCAGAUCCAUCAAUUUCUCUUCCAGUUUUUGUUGCUGUUUCUUGCUUACCAAUCAAGAUCCAAAAAAACCCGUCUCCAAAAUCACAUCCAAAGAACUCACCAAACCCAUCUCCAAACGGCCAAAUCAAAGAAGACCCAUCUCCUAAAAUAUUAAAAGAUGGCUUUCUAGACUAUGCAGUUAAGGCCACCCUUGUGGCACUUAUGGUACGAGUAUAUGAUUACAGCGACCAUAUUCACCCUCGUAUCGUUCUAGUCAUCUAUGUUCUCCAUGUCUACUUGUUUCUUGAGCUCAAUCUAGCCAUAACUGCAGCCCUGGCUCGAAUCAUACUAGGCAUAGAGCUCGAGCCACAGUUCAAUGACCCUUACCUCUCUACGUCACUUCAAGAUUUUUGGGGCAAAAGAUGGAACCUCAUGGUUACUAAUAUCCUACGCCUUACAGUGUACGAACCCAUCUGCAACCUUUCCUCACGAGCCCUUGGCCUGAAGCGAAGUAGACUCCUAGCCGUUUGGUUGACGUUUCUUGUGUCGGCGUUAAUGCACGAGGUGCUGUUCUAUUACUUGGCGCGCGCGAGACCCACAGGAGAUAUCUCGGCGUUCUUUCUCUUAAAUGGAUUGUGUUUAACGGCUGAGAUUAAUUUAAAGAUGUGGUUAAACGGCAGGUGGCAGCUGCCAAGACUUGUAUCUAGAUUCCUGACCAUUGGAUUCGUUACAACAACCGGAUUGUGGCUGUUUUUUCCAAUGUUUGUACGCCAUCAGAUUGAUGUUAGAGCGUUUGAAGAUCUCGCGGUGUUAGCUGUAUUUCUGAAGAAUGUGGGUGAAACUGUAACGGGCUUCUGGAGGGGUCAUUAAUGGUUGUGAUUUGCUUGUACUAUAUUAGUGUUUAUACUAAAUUAACGUCUGUGAUUUCCUGGAGUAUAGACUAGUAUU